GGGUGCGCGGGCCGGGCCUGCCCCUCCGAGGCGCCGUAGCGCGGGAGGGAGACGGCCGCGCCGGUCCGUCGGUCCGCGGGUCCGUGGGUCUGCCCGGCCGCCCGGCCCCGCCCUGCCCCCCGGGGCGGCUCGGCUCCAUGGCCGGCGCGAACGGCGGGAGGCGGCCCGGGGGCCGCGGGGACCGCUGACCGGGCGGCGGGAGGCGGCGGGGCGGGCCAUGGGGGACGGAGCCGUCCGCAGCCGCCGGAGCCCGGAACCCGGCCGGAACCGGAGCGGCGCCUCCUGCUGAGCCCCGAGAGCUGGACCGGCAGCCGGAUGCCCGGGCCCAGGCGGGCCGGCGGCCGCCUGCGGGAUGAGCAGACUGCUGGGGGGCACGCUGGAGCGCGUCUGCAAGGCGGUGCUGCUCCUCUGCCUGCUACACUUUGUGGUGGCCGUCAUCCUCUACUUUGACGUCUACGCCCAGCACCUGGCCUUCUUCAGCCGGUUCAGCACCCGCAGCCCUGCCCGCGGCCUCCACCCAGCUGCCAGCAGCAGCACCAACUGCUCCCGGCCCAACGCCACUGCCCCCAGCUCCGGGCUCCCUGGGGCCCCCAGUGCCUGGCCGGGCCCCACGGUCCCCUCCCUGCCACCUUGUCCUGACUUGCCGCCUGGUCUUGUUGGCCGCCUGCUGAUCGAGUUCACUUCCCCCAUGCCGCUGGAGCGGGUGCAGAGAGAGAACCCGGGCGUGCUCCUGGGCGGCCGCUACUCACCCCCCGACUGCGCCCCAGCCCAGACGGUGGCGGUCAUCAUCCCCUUCCGACACCGGGAGCAUCACCUCCGCUACUGGCUCCACUACCUGCACCCCAUCCUGAGGCGCCAGCGGCUGCGCUACGGCAUCUAUGUCAUUAACCAGCACGGUGAGGACACCUUCAACCGGGCCAAGCUGCUCAACGUGGGCUUCCUCGAGGCACUGAAGGAGGACGCGACCUACAACUGCUUCAUCUUCAGUGACGUUGACCUGGUCCCCAUGGACGACCGAAACCUCUACCGCUGCGGCGACCAGCCCCGCCACUUUGCCAUCGCCAUGGACAAGUUUGGCUUCAGGCUGCCCUAUGCCGGCUACUUUGGAGGCGUGUCGGGCCUGAGUAAAUCCCAGUUUCUGAGAAUCAAUGGCUUCCCCAACGAGUACUGGGGCUGGGGUGGUGAGGACGACGACAUCUUCAACCGGAUCUCCCUGACUGGGAUGAAGAUCUCCCGCCCAGACAUCCGCAUCGGCCGCUACCGCAUGAUCAAGCACGACCGGGACAAGCAUAACGAGCCCAACCCUCAGAGGUUUACCAAGAUCCAGAACACCAAGUUGACCAUGAAGCAGGACGGCAUCGCGUCCGUGCGGUACCGGGUCCUGGAGGUGUCGCGGCAGCCGCUCUUCACCAACAUCACGGUGGACAUUGGGCGGCCCCCGUCUAGGCCUCCCUGGGGCUGACCGGAUGGACAAAGGCUCCUGUUGCCAAGGACUACCCGCCAGAGGCCUGCCCUGAGGCCCGGCGGUGCCUGCCGUGGGGGCCCCAGGACUCAGACUGUGGUCUCUGUUUUCCAAGGAUCUUCAGUAGGUUGCCUCACUGCAGCUGGAAGUUUCCGAACCUACUUUGGGGGGCUUCCAUCCGGGGCAGGCCCCUCAAGUGUGGCCCUCUGGGGUGGACCAUCCUCCGUGCCCCUCCGUUCCCAGCCCAGCCUCCCUCACUGUCAGGCUUGGGCCAGCCCCUGCACUGCCUCGCCGAGUGGCCAGGCCAGGUCGCUCCACCUCUCUGUGCCUCAGUUCCCCCUAUUCCUCCUGAGUCCCCUAGGGCCUGGACGUAUGACCAGGGGCAGUGUCUCUCUUCUAGGGGGGGAUUCUCAGAUCUGGGGGGGGCUCCCCGUGCUCCUAGGGGAGGGGAAACCUUUUCCAUUCAACAUUGUAGGGGCAAACUGAUGGGCCCCUACUGCUGAGGAGCAGCCCCAGGGGGGGCCCAGAUGGGGUGCUGAGUCACUUCCUGGGAUCUUGGGGUUGGGCAUUGCAUGGGAGGCAGGCGGGGUGCCGGUGGGUCAGUCUGGGGAUUGGUCAGUCUGGUUCCGCCUCCCGGCUCCAAGAAGGCAGUAGCCCCAGGGCCCAGCUUGUGUUUGUACAUUGCACAGAAACUUGUGUGGGUGCUUUAGUAAAAAACGUGAAUGGAGCUGGCCUUCUGA